GUAGCACGAAAUGUGUCUCUCCUCAGCAAAAACAUACACACUAACGUGAGACGUGCUAGUUAACGGGUUUUUUGGUAUUGAAAGUUUUGUUUUUGUCGCCUUAAGGCUGUUGCGAUGUUGUACUCUGUAUAUUAAACAUUCCGCUUGAAAACCGCAAUAUUUAUUGGUCAAGAGCAGCCGACUUCGUUUCUUCUAAAGAGUGUCCGCUUCCCCUCCCCUCGAUGAAGCGUUGCGAUGCCCUCUGAUUUUAUAUCCCUCCUUAGCUCGGAUCUCGACCUCAAUUCCCCCAAAUCUCUAUACUCUAAAGAGUCGGUAUAUGACCUCCUCCCCAAAGAGCUUCAGCUCCAGCCUUCGUCCACCCAGACUGACCCACCCACCAUGAGCCAGAAGAGUGGGGGAGAGGCGGGACCUCCUCCUUCUGCAGCCUUAGCCUCAGAUGCCACCUCUUCCACCUCCAGCCCCUCUGCCUCUUCCUCUCUGGCCAUGGGAGUCCCAUCCACUGGCCCGUCUACCUCAUCCUCAGACCAUCUCAAGGUUCCCCAGCAUCUUCACUCCACUGGAGGAGAUGGAAGUGGUGCUUCAGAGAUGCAAGGUAUGGAGGGUGCUGUAUCUGCCCCCAGCAGAGGCAACAGUGGAGCAAACACUGCAGCAGGAGACAUAGGGUCAGGAGCAUUGUCAGGGCUAGUAGUCCAGCAGCCUCAGAACACCCCAUCAAAACGGAGGCCUGUGUUGAGCAUAUCCCCACCACCUGAGGACCUGUUUGACGAUAGCCAGAUGUCUUGCCAAGAGGAGACUACCAUAUCUGGUCCGCAAGGUCCAGACUCAGAGCACAGCAGUAGCAUGUGGGCUGAUGACUCCGUCUCCAACUUCAGCUUGAUCAGCUCCAUCUCCUACAACGACAACACAGAGGUGCCACGCAAAUCUAGAAAACGUACCCCUCGCCAGCGGCCUGGCCCCAAGCCUACUCCUCCAGAGGACAGCAUGGAUGUGUUCGAUGCUGACAGUGCCAAGGCCCCUCACUUUGUAUUAUCCCAGCUGGGCACAGACAAGACCAGUGCCAUGGCCAGCUCUCUUGAGUCAGGGACUGCAGUGAAGGGUGGGUCACUGUCUGCUCAGUUCCCCCAGAGGAGUGAUGGGAAGGAGCUAAAGAUCCUGGUGCAGCCUGAGACCCAGCACAGAGCUCGCUAUCUGACCGAAGGCAGCAGAGGUUCUGUCAAAGACCGCACACAGCAGGGAUUCCCCACUGUCAAGUUGGAGGGUGUGAAUGAGCCAGUUGUGCUGCAGGUGUUUGUAGCAAAUGAUGCAGGCAGAGUGAAGCCCCACGGUUUCUACCAGGCUUGCAGAGUGACAGGACGCAACACCACUGCCUGCAAGGAGGUGGACAUAGAGGGCACCACCGUUAUUGAGAUCCCUCUGGAACCUAGCAAUGACAUGACGCUUGCGGUGGACUGUGUAGGAAUUUUGAAGCUACGUAAUGCAGACGUGGAGGCCCGUAUUGGUGUAGCAGGAUCCAAGAAGAAGAGCACCCGUGCCAGGCUGACAUUCAGAGUCGGCAUCCCCCAACCUGAUGGAUCUGUCCUCACUCUGCAAGUCCCUUCAUCACCAAUCCUCUGCACCCAGCCAGCAGGGGUGCCAGAGAUCCUGAAGAAGAGUCUUCACAACUGCUCAGUGAGAGGAGGAGAGGAAGUUUUUAUCAUUGGAAAGAACUUCCUCAAAGGAACCAAAGUUAUUUUUCAGGAAAAUAUAGCAGAUGAUAAUUCCUGGCAAGCUGAGGCAAAGAUUGACAUGGACCUUUUCCAUCAGAACCAUUUGAUAGUGACAGUCCCUCCGUUCCACAACCAGUCAAUCACUUCUCCCAUUUCUGUGGGAAUCUUUGUGAUGACCAAUGCUGGUAGAUCACAUGAUGCCCAGCCCUUCACCUACACUCCAGACUCAGCUGAUAACUCAAAUGUCCGGGCAGUAAAAACAGAGGGGCCAUCCCUGGUCAAGACGUGUAUAUUUGAUGGCCAGGUGAAAUCUAUAUCCUCUGAGCGAAGUGACUGCUCUGGUCAGUCUUCCAAACGGCAAGAGGACACACCAAUGGAAGUAUCUAGCAAUCCACCAUCCACAGAUGUAUUUAAGCCAUCCCCUGACCCUCUUGUCUCAGUGCAGCAGACCCUAGAGCUCAGCUCUAGUCCUCAUCCUGGAGGAGAGUCCUUUCAGAGUCCAUUGCCCCUACAACCUGAAGAUGUGGAGCUUCCCCAGGCACCCCCUGUCUUCCCUAGCCUAGAGUCUCUCAGCACCAUACAGAAGCAAGACAUUGCCCCCGCGACCUCCUUCCCAGUGUCGGGAGACACCACAAUCCCCCCCGUGACACCAGAAGUUCCACAGCAAUUCCUCAGAGACCCUCAGGAUAGCCUGCCUCCUGAGAGUUCCAACAAUAGUGGGGGGGUUGUGGUUGUGGCCAUGCCCCAGAUAGCAACUCCCUCUCAGCCCCAGCCGCAACAGUCACAGGUUCCCUUGUUCCCUCAGGAAGGGGUAGCCCAGCUGGAGAGGGCAGUAAGGGAGCUACAGGCUGGCGGUAACACCACGCUCCAGCAGGUGUUGGAGGCAGCUGUAGCCCAGCAGCAACUAAACUCAGUGCUUUACAGCCCCACACCCUCCGCAGAAUCUCUUCAGCAGCACGUCCAGGAGAACAUGAACAGCCUUAGAUUGGGAACCACAGAUAAUUCACUGUCUACACAGCAACAGCUACAGAUACAACAGCAACAGCAAAUGCAACAGCAGCAGCAGCAACAACAACAACAACAAAUACAGCAACAGUUUCAACAGCAUCAACAACUGCAGCAACAACAGCAAAUCCUUGGUAACCUUCAGCAUCAACAACAACAGCAGCAACAUCUACAGCAGCAACAGCAGCAAGUCCUUGGCAACAUGCAGAUCCAACAGCAACUAAUACUACAACCACAAGACCAACAGCAACUGCAGCAGCAGCACCAACUAAUGGAGAAUAUCCAACAUCAGCAACAGUUGCAACAAAAUCAGCAACAGCAAGUCCUUAACAACAUCCAACUUCAGGAUCAGCAACAACAAAAUCAAAUACUUACCAAUUUACAACAGCAUCAGCUACAACAGCAGCAGCAACAACAACAGCAAAAUCAAGCACUGAGCAACCUACAGCAGCAUCAGCAACUGCAAGAGCAGCAGGUCUUGGAGAAUUUGCAGCAGCACCUUCAGGCUGAAUUGCUACAGCCCCAGAUCCACUCCACCCCGCAAGUACAGCAGCCAGUGUCCCUCCUUCAACAGGCAGGAGAGCUGCUCACUAUUCAGACCAGCUUCCCAACACAGCCUCCAUCCCACACAUCUCCCCCACAACAGCUCUUCCAGUCACCCAGGCCCCUUGCUGAGACCCAGGGCUCCCAACAGCAGGUCCAGGCUAGCUUGCUCCAGAAUACACUGACUGUUCUGACUGGUGGCAGUCUCAACUCAGAGCAGCAAUCCACUGGGUCAACCCUUUACCUGUCCCCAAACCCUCAGCCCCAACAACAGCAACAGCAGCAGCUGGCAUUCAUUUCCUCUAUGGAGACAUCUACCAGCCAGCCCCAGUCUGUUGCAAUGUUUCAGAACCAACCCCAAGCUCAGCUUUCCCAAAUGCAACAACAGAGCACCCCAAUGGAGCAGCAGCAGUCUGCACAGCAGAACCCACAACAGCCAACACAGCUUCCAAUGGGCCAACAGGGGUCCUUAUUCCAAAAUAUCCCAAACCACUCCCAGGCUAACCCUGUAUCCCAGAGCCAACUCUCCCAACCCCAGCAGACGGGAUUGCUACUCUGCACGACAGAUCUUAACCCGCAGGCUAUUCCCCCAACUAUUCUCUUCAGCACCCAGACCCAAGGCCCUUCUCCUAUACGAAGCAUUAGUGUUGGAAUCCCUCAGCCAGACCCAGCAGAGCCAAUGUCCUUCCAAGACCAGAGCUCCUCAGGCAGCAACUCAACAUCCACUGAAAACCAACAGCAGAGUCUGUUCCAGGAGCAGCAGCCAAUGCAAGUGGGCCCGAGCUCCAGCAGUGUCACAAGCAGUCAACCCGUGGAGCUGUUCCUACCACAGACAUCUCUGUCUAGCCUGCAGAGCACUAUUGGCUCACAGGAGCUGAACAACCAGGCUCCAGCCCCUGGCACAACCAUCUUUGUGGUUCAAGGUGGUGUAGGUGUCGUAGCCAGCCCUGGCCAGCAGCCCCCAGAGCAGCUUUUCCAGACAACCGUGGGUGGGAAUGUGGCUCCUCAAGGACAAGCCAACUUGUUUGUCUUUGGCAUCCAGAAUGACUCGCCCCAGCUGCUCAGUUCCUCCGGAUCCACCCUGCCAGCUCAGAGCCAGCCCCAGAACUCCAGUCACAUGCAGCCUCUGUUGGACCAACCUAUGGCUCAAACUGCCUCCCCAAUGCCGGCCACCAUGCACAGCAGCUUACAGAACACCCUCCAGGCACAAAUGCAGUCCAGCUUAGAGAACGCCAUGCAGACCAGCCUACAAAAUGCAAUGCAGGCAAACACACAAAGUUUACAGGCAACCAUAGAAACAAGCCUGCCAACACCAAUGCAGACCAAUCUACAGACACAGAUAGAGAGCAGCUUACAGAAUCAAUUGCAGGCAUCAAUAUCUGCAUCGUCCAACAUGGAUAAAAUUGAGGACCUACUGGAAAGCCUACAGAAGUAGUGAUAAAUAUUUGGACAAUGUGGGCACUCAGGUGAGUGACUGAUAUGUAGCUGAGAGUUAUACAUCCUAACAUCAACAAACAGAGUGGUGGUGCAUGGUUUUUUGUACCAAUGCCACAAAACUUAGAAAAUUUUAAAUAUUUAAGAAUUAAAUGCCCCUUUUAUCUAAACCCCAAAUUAUGAGCUCAUGUUACUCCUUGUUUUUAUGAAAUAUUUAUCAUUAAUUACAGCCUUCGUACAUCCAUUGUCCUUGAAUUGAUUAAUCCACCUUUGUUAUUACCCCUCUUGCAGGAUCAGAGAGGCCUGUAAUAACUGCUUUAUACAUCAGUCUCAGAAAUGCAGUGUUUUGUUGUCAGUGUGUUUUAAUAAUGUGAGCAUAAGAGAUGAUUAUGAUAAAAACCUGUUUUGGUGGGAAAACUGGAAAGGGAUAAAGAAUGUCAGCAACAAGGAAACUGGGAAUAGAAAUGUGAUGGAGAUGAGGCUGCAAGCAGGCAGAGAAGAGCCAGCCAUGGAGUGAAUAUAGGCUGAAUCUCAUUUUUUGAGUGUGUAAACUCACUUUACUCAGAGAAACAGAGUCAGUGAGGAUUUGUUUUUGUCUUUCCGACAACAUAAGGUCUUUUGCAAUUAAUCAAACCCUUGUCUCACGUCAACAGUUUGACAAAAUUAUACUCUAAGAGUAAAGAUGUACAUUUGUAGAAUAUUUUUGCCUCCAUCAUAUUUGCUGACAUGGCUGAAGUCUGCACCUGAGUAGACUCUAUUAAAGGGAGGACAGUUAAAUGUUGAUAUCAAGUCCACGCCCCAAAAAUGAAAUGAAGUCACUCAAAAAAUGGGGUAUCAAUACAUUCUGGUAUUGCAGGGGAUUUCCCCACGUGCAGAAAGAGGAGAGAAUAUUAAACACUCAAAAAUGAGAUUCAUCCCGAUGAAUAAUGUGACUUGGCCUUUUGUUUAGGCACCUCCCAGUGUUUUCAUAUGUUUAGGCCUCAUCACUGGGUUUGCAGAAGCUUUCUUGGUCAAAUUUUAUGAAGCAUUUUAGUGUGCGUAUCUUUUUGUUUUGAAGAAGUUGGUAACCGUUACCAAUCUAAUGUGGAUAGAAAGAAACUUUCCACUAGUGAAAAUGGAGUGUUGUGUGGUUUUAUAAACAUUUUAUCUCAAGCACUUUAUAACCUCUUUUGUGUAACCAGCUAAUCCUUAUAUCCGUCCACAGCUCUCUACUGACCCAGCUGAAUUUGUACUCGGAAACGUCCAGUUAAAAAACAAGAAAAAAAACAAGAAAAAAAUUGAAAGCAGUUGUCUUUGUAAAAGUAAAUACAUCUUAACCAAGCAUUUUUACAUUUUGUCAUGUCAGAAUAUUUUUGAGGUCUAGGACAACUUUGUAUAGAAUGUCUGCUCACUGUUGAAUCCCUCUUUGUAUUCAGUGUCAGUGGUCCAGUCAAGUCUGUCAAAAAAAGCCAUUCCCACAAAAGCAUUGUCAUUUUUCAGUGUUUGAGUUGUAAGUAGGCCUUUGUGUUUUACACACUGACAAAACACCUAAAAUACUGAUUCAUUUAGAUUGUGCAUUGAACUGAAGGAUUUUCAUUGUUAUGCUAUUUGUACUAUUUACUGUUCAGUCGUUCACUUGAGACUGUUUGACCUUGUGUUGUGUUAGAUAUUUAAGUUUUUGUCUCAGUGUUGGUACUGUGUGCAGGCUGGCACCACGUUAAGUUGGCACCCAGUACCCGUCCCUUGUGUUGUGAACAAGGGCUGACUGGUAAAUGAAAUCUCUGUUACAUAGAGGCCGCCAUUUUGAUUCUAUCUAUGGUGCUAUGUACAGGAGUGAUGGGCACUUCUGAUGUGAUGUUAGUACAUAACAGUUUAUAAAAAUCAAUAGCACUGACAUUAAUUGUUAGUUUUGAAGCAGAGUUGAGUCUAGAGAGCUGGCUGUUGUUGUGGGGUCAGACUGGAGUUCACCCAGCCAUACCAAAGCUCCUGUUGUGAAUCCUCGUCAUCUUCUCUCAUACUUGUCCUUUCAAAUGCCCUCAUCAUGUUUACUCAUUUAAAUUAUGCAGCUCUUAGAUGGAUAGCAAUUCAGCAUGUUGUUUUCUUUUAAGUACAACAUUUAUAAAAUAUAUGUAAAGGUACUUUGUUUCAUGGAUCAUAUAAUCUCUCUAACAUUUCCACCAUUUUUUACAUUUCUCAUUACAUUACUCUGUUUUUUGAUGCAAAGUAACACUGCUGUACUUUCCAUAUCUACAACAGUAGCCAUUCUGGCAUUAUCAAAAAGCCAAUUUUUGAGAAUAAUUCAAAUGUUAGAGUAGCAUUGCUCACAUAUACAUCUGUUUACAUUUUCAUAGUCAUACUAUUUUGUCCUGCAGCUGUUAGUGAUCCAUUUUAAAGUAACUUAUCUUUUUUAGAAUUUUUUAUCCAUGUAUCAAAAUGUAGAGUAUUUUUGUAAAUCUAAAGUUUUUGGUUUAUGCUCAUAGCACAGAAUAUCAUUGCUGGUAUGUUUUUCCUGAAUGAAGCGCAGGUUUAUUGUGAAGUGUAUGACUGAAAUUAGAAGUGUAAUUAAGUGGACAUCAAGCAAAUAUGUUAGAACUUAAUUCUACUGUUUUAACAUUGAUUUUACCCAAUUUGUAUAAUGUAAUACGUGGGCUAGGUUUCUUGUCUUUUUUCUCUUCUUUUUAAUGUCACGCAUCUCAAAUGGCACUUUGAUUCAUCCAUAAACUGUAGAUCAGGUUAUAGCGCGGUAGUGAUGGUUCCAAGCAUUCCAUUCCUCUUGGGUAGGGGAGUUUAAGAGCACACGAUGUUGCGGAGGACAUGCGGAACAGUAAUGCCUCUUAAAGCCAUACCAACACAGAAAAACCAACCUGUGACUUCAGUUUCAUGAAUGUAAAUUUUACCUCAUGGUGUGGACAUAGAGCUUGCUCUACAUCGAUCAUCGGACCAAUUACAGUUUUAGAGAACAUAUAUUUUGAGGCAAAGGGGAUGGGUGAGGUGGCACCAACUGUCAUUUGUGUCACUGUACAUUUGUCAGAUUAUUUUGUCUUGGAUUGUGGUGUAAUUUCAUGUUUUUCACAUCCAGUCAUUUCAUUUUGAGCAAUCCAGGAUUCUCAGUCUGACUCUUCGAAUAGCCACUUCCACCUGAAAGACCCAUGUGAAACAUUGAUUUAAUGGUGGCGAAGAUAGCACACAAAUCUUUACACAAUAGUGGUUUUGUCCUUCAGUCAUGUAAAUGAAUAUCCAUGUAUAUUUAAAUGUGAAAUAUACUGCAGGGGUAUCUUGAAUUUCAAUUGUGAUGCUUUCAACAGAACUUUGUGUGCCUUGAUAACUUAACCGUUACACUGCUGUGUUCACUGGUGUCCCUUUUGUGUCACUGCUAUUUGGCUCCUGGUCCUUUUUAUUCUUGAGGACUGUUUAACAUCGGGACACUUUUCGGUGAUUUAAGUUUUAUUUCUACAACACAAGUGCAACCAUAGCCCAUACCAAUAUAUUUUAAUGUUAACAUUUUCUCUUGGAAAUCCAUCGCAAGAUAUCAGAGUGAGUACUCUCAACAUAAUAUUGUGCAGCUUCACCAGUGAAUUGUCAACUUGUUUAUUAUUUUCUGUUGAAAAUGUUUUUUCCAUGCCUCAUGAGAUUUGUACAUGUGAGGUAAAAGGGACGAGACAGUGGAGAUUGUUUUAUGGAGAGCUUUCUCGUGUUGAUGUGCUUGUCAACAUUACUAUUGUUGCUGUGAAAUGCUUGAUCAAAUGGAGCAACCAUGAUAACUGUUAAUUGCCAAUAGUGUGAGCUGUAUCUUGUGUGUAAUCAGUUUGCUCACUUUCCUAGUUCGCUUUCUAUUUUACAUUCUCCAACAGUUCUGUUGUAUCUGUUCUGUGUAGCUUGAGCUUUAGUAUCUAGCCUUAAGACCCUGCAGUAGGGAUAAAGGUCAACCCCAGUGUGUUAUCAUACAUCUGAACUAUUAUUAACAUGUACUUUGCCUUGGUCUGGACAUUUGUAUACUCUUCUGUUUAUAUCUGUAAUCCUGCUGCUACAUUAAAUGAAUUAAUAA